CGCGCAAGUGACAGAGUGAGAGCCUCAUAUACGGAUCCCGCGCCCCUAUCAGCACAGCUCGCCAGUUGCAGAGACCCUCAGGCCCUUUGUUCGGGCUUGUCACUAGCGCUCGGCAACGCGUUGUUUCGACAGCUUCGACCAUCUCGGCAACACCGCCUGCACAACACUCCGCUGCUACUGGCCUCCUUCCACGCACAGCAUUCAUCUGAACUGCCAGCGAAGCAGCAAGCAGCAGAGUCCGCCGCCACCAUGUCGCACACCGGCACCAUGCGCGGAACCCCCAAGAACCGCAACCAGCCUGCACGAGCCCAGUUCGUCGACGGCCCAUCUGGCAUCCCCCGUCCAGCGCUCGAGACCCACGCUUCACACGUAGCGCACAGCGAUGCCGGCACCUCCACCCUCAGCGCCAGCCGCGCGAAGCAGUCCAAGAGGGACGAGGCUAUCCGCCGCAAGAUCGAGACGGACCUGAACAAGAAGAAGAACCCCGGCGGCCGCGUGCGCCCAACACGCAAAGCCCCCCCCGGCACCGUCCUGGCGCUGAAGCCCAGCCCAGCGCUCCAGAUCCAGGCUUCGACGACCGUCGCAGAGGCAGCCCAGCUUAUGGCUGCGAAGAGGGAAGACUGUGUCCUCGUCACAGACGACGACGACCAUGUCGCCGGUAUCUUCACCGCCAAGGAUCUCGCUUUCCGUGUAGUCGGGGGCGGCAAGAAGGCACAGAAUGUCACCAUCGCAGAGAUCAUGACCAAGAACCCCCUCUGCGCAAAGACUGAUACGAGCGCAACAGACGCGCUCGACCUCAUGGUCCGCAAGGGCUUCCGCCACUUGCCCGUCAUGGACGAGAACCACGACAUCGCCGGAAUCCUCGACAUCACAAAGUGCUUCUACGAUGCCAUGGAGAAGCUCGAGCGCGCAUACAGCUCGUCCCGCAAGCUGUACGAUGCUUUGGAAGGCGUCCAGGCUGAGAUGGGGUCGAGCCAGCCCCAGCAGAUCAUCCAGUACGUCGAGGCUAUCCGACAGAAGAUGUCUGGUCCUACGCUGGAGUCGGUCCUGACUGGACUGCCGCCCACAACUGUGUCCGUGAGGACGUCUGUCAAGGAGGCCGCAGAGCUCAUGAAGGAGAACCACACAACUGCGGUCCUCGUUCAAGAUCAGGGCUCCAUCACCGGUAUCUUCACCAGCAAAGAUGUCGUCCUCCGCGUCAUUGCUGCUGGCCUCGACCCAGUGACCUGCAGUGUGGUGAGGGUCAUGACUCCCCAUCCUGACUUUGCGCCCAUGGACAUGAGCAUCCAGUCCGCUCUCCGCAAGAUGCACGACGGACACUACCUGAACCUGCCUGUCAUGAGCGAUGCCGGCGAGAUCGUUGGCAUGGUGGACGUACUGAAGCUGACCUAUGCUACACUUGAUCAGAUCAACAACAUCAGCACAGGAGACAGCGAAGGCCCAGCCUGGAACAAGUUCUGGCUAUCACUCGACAACGACACAGAGUCCAUGAUGUCCGGCGACGGCUCCAGCCGCAUGCCCGGCACACCAGACGCUCGAUCAGUCAUGUCCCACAACGACCGCCCCGGCCUGAUGGACCGCGGCGACAGCGUCCUCCCCAACGAAUCCGCAUCUCACCACGGCGAAUCCCCACCCCCAUCCGCGGUCGCCAGCGCUCACCCCACCGCCGUAGAAGACACUCCCUUCCCCUUCAAGUUCAAGGCGCCCAGCGGACGCGUGCACCGCCUGCAGGUCACGGCCUCGGCCGGCAUCGAAGAGCUCGUGUCCAGCGUCGCCAACAAGCUCGGCUCAGAAGUCGAUUCCAUCGGCGGCACACCCACCUUUGAGAACGGCAAGAUCUCCAAGGCCGGGUUUGCGCUGUCCUAUCUCGACAACGAGGGCGACACCGUGAGCAUCACCACCUACGACGACCUCGUCGAGGCCAUCAGCCUAAGCAGACUUGCACACCGCGAGAAAGUCGAUCUCUUUGUGCAUGACCCGGAGAAGUCGCCCAUGCCCGCUGAGGUCAACCCCCAGCCUGCGCUGCCGAAGCCCGCGACGCCGCCGGAGUCGGUGCUGAGGGAGCGCAAGCAGUUCUUCGACGACAACAACAACAACAACAACAACAACGACGACGACGACGACAACGAAGCGCCCAAGUCUAAGAGAGGCCAGGCGAGCGCACAAGCCCAGGCUCCCGAGGUUAUUCCUGGUGUGUCGAAUGAUUUGCUGCUGCCUGGUGCGAUUGGUGUACUGGCGAUUGUUAUUGUUGUUGUGUUUACUAUUGGGCGUGCGUCGGGGUCCAGCCGGUAAGCAAUCGCAUCGUAGGAACAUGGAAAGGUAUAGAUUCCCCACAUCAGAUUGUACUGUACUACUAGCACUUUUCUUUCGUCUCUUGAUAUCCAUAGAUUGCUGGAUCGUAUUAGUCGACUACCACAAGUCUUGAAACCUACCUGGUACCCCGGUGGAUGAGUGGGUUGUGAUAUGAUAUGAUUACC